CGCUACCAGCACACACAACUCGCAGCUUCCUCACACAUCUUCUACGCAGAGCCUAAAACAUUACCUCCUGCUCUGCAAUCCUAGCCAAAGUCUUCCACCGAUCACCGCCUGCGCCAACCUGAUGGCCCGCUUCGCCGUCGUCGCCGCCAUCGUGGCGCUCCUGGCCGUCACCGCCGCCGCACAGGCCCCCGGUGCGGCGCCUCUCCCCGCACCGCCUGCGAGGUCCCCGGCCACCGCCCCUGCGCCGGUCGCCACGCCGCCCACCGCCGCGUCGCCGUCCCCGAUGGCCUCUCCCCCCGCGCCUCCCACCGACGCCCCGACCGACGCUCCCUCCGCGAUGACCCCGUCCGCGGUCUCCGCCACACCCGAGGGCGCACCUGCCGGCGCACCCAGUGGCACCCCCGCCAGCUCCGCCGUGUACACCUCCUCCGUCAGCUUCCUCGCCGUCGCCGGCGCGGUCGCCGCCGCCAUCGUGUUCUAGACGGAGCGAGACUCUGCUCUCGGUGCUCUGUUUUCGCGUGUUUAUACUGGAGAGAUUAUUUCCAUGAUUCUUUGCUGGACCAUGCGAUGUAAUCUUGUUACGGAUGCAUGAGAUUAUUAUGAAUACAAAUUCGUUUAUUCGUUA